AUGCCAACUUCGGCGCGUAAUGAGCGAUCUGGUCGGUUGCUCGAGCCAACCUGCUUAUCGCUUUCCGACACCCGUUCCUCUUCUUGCUUGGCUGACCUCCCACAAUGGCCACCCAUGGCAAAAAGAAAGAGACAGCAAGUAGUCGACUCUCCUCUCGACGAGAUCCCAUCCAACAAGACGAAACCGAGCAGCAUAUGCUCUAAGCUUUCGAGUACGCAGAGAAGAGAGGCACGAGCAGACGACCCUGCGCAAGAUCAAAUUCUACCCAAGGAGCCGAAAUCAAGUGGUACGGUGCAUAGAACCUCCAACUUCCCUCCCGAAUUCUACGACGACCUGCCUAAGAUUUGGCUCACGUCUCGUGCUUUGCGAGAACUUGACCGGCGGAACGAGCAGCUCCCCUCCCCCAAGCCUAGAGCUAGGUUUGUGACAUCUCGAGCUGCAAAGGUUGCUGCUCUUGCGAGAUGCGGUUUCCCAGAUCUUGCCCUGGCCGUGUUUGCAACAGCUGGUGGCCCAGAUCUUAGCGAUCUUCGAGGGGUAUGCUUGUAUGAUCCAUCGUCGCUGGCAUCAACUCUGGCUUUCUUUAAGUAUGCCGAGCCGAUAAAGAUCACCAUGGCCUCCACAUCGCCCUCUGCGACGAGAAAGCCAGUCUCUGCAGGUAACGCGCGGACACGGUCAACUAAUGCGACCACCCUGUCCUUGAAAAGGCGUUCAUCUGCCUACGAUACCAACUUUGGACAGCAUUGUAUUGAACACAACAUUUACCCCCCUGUCUACAAGUUCCCCGAUGGCAGCCGGACCCCAAAGCCGGCAAACUUCGGGGAUAUUCGUCAGGCUUUAAAGGUUCCAAGGGGCUCUCUUUCGUCCUCUAUUGUUCCUGAGACGGCCUUCAAAGACUUUGAAGACAAAACCGCCACCGAGUCUGAAGGUACAGUGAUGCGUAAGGUGAUCCCGCUCAUUGCUGGCGACGCCGAUAUCCCGAAUGAGGGUCAUCUUCCCUUCAUCAAUCUGAAUUCGAUAACUGGGGAUACCACCAUCUUUCCAGUGCCUGAUUUCUUCGAUGGAGCCCAUCCCGGGGCUUUGGACAAGAAAGUCAGACAAGAUCUCGACAAAAUAAUCAUACCAAACAAGAAAGUAGGGAUCCCCGUGGCACCCAACUUCUUCCUGGAAGUCAAAGGCCCUACGGGUACCCCUAAGGUAGCGGUAUGGCAGGCGGUCUUGGAUGGUGCGCAUGGGGCUCUCAUUAUGCAUACCUUGCAAAAUUACCUCCUGGAUGAGCCCACCUUCGAUGGCAACGCCUACGCAUUUUCUUCGACCUUGAUUGACGGGUGCCUCAAACUAUAUGCACACCAUCUCACUGCCCCUGCCAAGUCUGAACAGAUGCCGGGCUAUCACACCACUCUUGUCAAAGCCUGUGCUUUGAGUGAUGAUGAAGUUUACUCAGAAGGUAGGAGGGCAUUCAGAAAUUUGAGGGUCAGGGCACAAGAAGACCGCGACCGGUUCAUCCAGAUGGCCAAUGCGAGAGCGCGCAGUCUAGGCACAGAAGACGAUCCUGUAAGCAUGAUCCAAGAACACAAUGGAAGCGAAUCUGGUCACCAGGUGGGUACCUCGAGUUGA